AUGGCUGCAUACGACGCAGAAGGACAAUCUGUAGUGGUGGAGGUGAGCCCCGACAUCCAUAUCUGUGGAUUCUGCAAGCAGCAGUACAACAAUUUCGAAGUGUUUCUGGCCCAUAAGCAGAGUGGAUGUUCAAUACCUACUCGUGACAACUCAGCCACUGUAACAUCAGCUGCUCCCUCGCUGCCAGGUGCCAGUAUUGAGGUGGUUUUGGAGGAGACCUUCCAGACUUGUGUUCUGAGAGGGGUUAAGAAGAUUCUGACAAAACCCCAGAAGACCAAAAAGCUAAAAGGCACCCUGACAUCAAAGAGGCACAGCUGCUGUUUCUCAGGAUGCACCUUUAAGACACAGUAUGGCCAAAAAGACAUGGAGCGCCACCUGAAAACCCACACAGGUGAAAAGCCAUUUGAGUGUGAGCUCUGCCAUAAACGCUUCAGCCGACGGGACAAGCUCAACAUGCACAGCCGCUCGCAUACGGGCGAGAAGCCUCACAAAUGCAAACUAUGCCCAUACGCGGCAGCUGACAGCAGCAGCCUCAAAAAGCACAUGCGAAUCCACUACGACGAACGGCCCUUCAAGUGCCAGAUCUGUCCCUACGCCAGCCGAAACUCCAGCCAGCUCACUGUGCACCUCCGCUCACACACCGGAGACGCACCCUUUCAGUGCCAGCAAUGCGACGCCAAAUUCAAAAUCAACUCUGACUUGAAAAGACAUGUUCGGGUCCACUCAGGGGAGAAGCCCUACAAAUGUGACCUCUGCGAGUACCGCUGUGCCAUGAAAGGUAACCUGAAGUCUCACGUUCAGAUCAAACAUGGCACUGAGAACGCCUUCCAAUGUGCCCAUUGUGAAUUCACGUGCGCCAACAAAAUGGCGCUACGGCAGCACUUGCGCCAGCACAGGCCCGUUCAGCCUGUUCAGUGCCCAAAGUGCACAUACUCUUGCGCCAGUCGCGGGGCACUCAAAGUCCAUGAAAGGAUCCACUCGGAGGAGCGGCCCUUUAAGUGUGACUCAUGUAACUAUGCCUCUAAGCAGCGGAGCAAUUUGGUCAUCCACAAGAAGAGGUUCCACUCGGACACCCCUGAGAAGGGUGGCGGGAAAAGGGCGAGUGACGAACCCCCAAAACCUGUCAGCUCUCGUUACCGGGCUAAGCUUGAAGCCGCUCGAGCCUUCAGCUGCGACUUGUGCAGCGCUUCGUUUGUGAGGGAAGACUCGCUGAGGAGUCACAGGAAGCAGCACAAAGAGACCCAGAAUCCACCACAGGUCCAAUUGACCGCACCGCUUCUCAGUGUGACAUCCCCAGGCAACAGCACCCAGGUGGAAGUCCCGGUUCAUGUGGAUUCCUUGGUCCCUUACAAUAGCACGCAGCUCAAAAUUAUUGUUUCGUCUGCGGAAAGUCCUAACAAGAUGGUUCUGUUGAGUCCCGAACACCAGGAUGUGGUUGUGAACUCCAUGAUCCAGCAGGUCAAUCUGCUGGCGCCUCUGCAGCCACCCGGAUUGUCCGAAAGCACUGAUGCUACCUUCGUACCCCAGACAGUCCUUUUGACGCCGCUGUACUCCACCGAUGACAAUGACAGCCCUCUCCACCAGACGCUGGUUCACUCGACAAUAGGCGCUCAGGCAUCCAGCGUUGUCCCACAAACUUUCAUCACCUCCUGUACUGAACUGGAGGACUUGGGUACCUUGGUCCAGGAGGGCGCCGCAGAGGUGACAGUAGUGACAGAAGGAAAUCCCAGCACGGCGAAUUCGACGAGUCCGACCGGCCCGGCCCAGGCGGUUGGGGACAGUCGAGGGCAGUGCCUUAGCAUGUGA